AUGCAGAGGACGCUCAGGGAUGAAGAGGGGAAGCUAAGGGGAUGCUCACAAGGGACGCUCGGGGCCACGGGAGGGGGCGAGGAGGGGCGGGCGGCGGAGAGGAGGUCCGCGGGGCCGGCUGCCGGGGGGCGGCCGGGGGCUGCCGGGGCGGAGCCGCGGGGUGCCCCUCCCGGCUCCAGUAUAAACCGGCGGGGUGCGGGCGCGGGGCUGCCUUCUCUGGGGCACCCGGGGCCGCCGAGACGCCUCCUGCCCGCAGCCAUGGCGAGGGGGCAGCUGUCGGGGGGCGCUUGGGGGGCUCUGGUGCUGUUGGGGCUGAUGCUGCCGGCUGCACCGGCGGGAGCUUGGUACAAGCACGUCGCCAGCCCACGGUACCACACGGUGGGACGCGCCUCGGGGCUGCUGAUGGGCGUCCGCCGCUCCCCGUACCUCUGGCGCCGGGAGCUGCCGGCAGAGCCUCCACACCGCCCUGGGGGCACCGCGUCCGCCGCCGCCCCGCAGCCCCCGGGGAGCCCCGCGGGGGACCCUCCGCCACCACCGCCCGGCCGCCUCCUGCAGCGCCUGCUCCGCCGGGGCUGGGGCUGGGGGGGGCCGCGUCCUGCCCCCGCCCGGCCGCCGCCCUCCGCCCGCGGAGCUCAGCCUCGCCCGAUUGAAGACAUCGCUGUGCUGCGCUGA